AUUCGAUACCUAACAGCGAUUGAUUUCCAAUGAAAAAAAAAUAUUAUCAGUAUGUAGGUCACUUUAUUGGCAUUAAAUAUCGAAGAAGAUCUUUACCAUUUAUCGACGCUCAGUUCUAAUUCUACCUUCUAAAAGAUUUAUUAUCAGAAUGAGAACGUCGGCUUUGAACCUAUUUCUAUUAUGUCUGCCAGUUGCCGUUUACACUGCUUCUAUCACACUGAAACAAAGACACACCAAGUCCCAGUGUGACAAGGGCCGGAAACACUUCCAAGAUGAUAUUGUCUUUGACGGACUCGUAGACACUCGGCCUGGCAACAGAUCGGACUUAGGUUACGUGUUAGUUGCCUUUUAUGACAUUGACAUUGACCUUGUCAGAGUUGUUAGAGUAAACCUAGACGAGUGCGAUGGUUAUACGGAGAUCGACAGUAUGCAUUACUGUAAGCCCACAAGCAUAAAUGGCGUCUACUCUAUCGUGCACAACUCAACAGCUUAUCUUGUUAACAAUGGCUUAAGUAUCAGAAUGUCUUACUUGAGUGAUGCUGAAACAAUAAAAACGGAGAGAUUGGAUUUUCCUAAAGCAAUCAAUCGACUCUCUGUGCAUCUUACAAUUAACGACAUUAGCGUCCCCUUAACUGUUUGCAAUAUAAGUGAUAUCGUGAAGGGUGACGUCAUCAAGUUCUGCUGUCAUCUAGAACCAGCGACUUGCAAUGUCUCCAUCAUUGCCAACUUUACCAAAGUUAUAUCCAACAAAAUCUGCGUACAGCUUAAAAGUAAAUAUCUUCAAAGCACACAUCUUUCUGUUGGCUAUACCUACUGUCAAGAGACAAAGUGGAUAAAGUGUCACUUUCAACCAAUUAAUUAUGAUGACGUGAUAAAAGUUCCACCGUACUACCACGAGAACAGUUUAACGCAAUGCGAUGCAGGUCUAAAGGCUGGAACAGACAAGCUGGUUAUGUACGGGCUUUUAGAUAUAAACAGACUGCCCUAUUCUGAAAGCCAUAAGAUAAAUGUUUAUGUUGAGUUAACAGGCGAGAAGAAAGGUACUACGUUAAUGUUGCCUACUGUGCACAUUUUAGAGUGCACUUCUAGUACCCACAAUGAUGAACAGACAGGAUGCCACGAAUUGAAAUGGGAUGGUUUCUACCGGAUUUUUCUUAAUAUCACAGUUGACAGUAGUUUCAAUGGGUCAAAUGUUUAUAUGACUUACUUUACCACAGACUUGAACAAGUUUUAUCUAGAGAGUCCAAAAGUAGCCAUUCCAAGUGUAAUUGACACGUCCUCUGAUAUUUUGGAAAUUAAUGGUGAAACAAGUGUAUUAAAUAGCUGUAACGAGGAAUCAAUAAUCAAAGACAAAGCUAUCAAUAUUUGCUGCCUCUCUAGUCCAGCUACAUGUCAUGUGUCCAUGGUACUCAACAACACAGACCAAAUCUCGGGAACAGGAUGCAUUGAAUAUUCCAGCAACAACAUUCCAUUUUCAACUUUACAGAUCAACUACGUAGUUUGUGGAGAGCGGAAGUCAAUCACAUGUAACUUACCUCAAAAAAAAGCAGACACGGACGAAGAAGAAAUCAUAGAGACGGAGUCCAAAGAUACUACAAGGAGUUCGUUCCAUAAUGAAGCUGCUAUUAUACUUCUUACAGUUAUGACCUGCCUAAUGGUCUUUAUUUUAUUAGCUAAUAGGAAUAACCAAGGAAGAGUUAUCAGAGAUGUGCCUCGAACAUAAAGGUCCAAUGCAGUCAACACAUGCACAGGAUGCAACACUUAAUUCUUUUUCAUUGACCUCUUUCUUUCUUUUUGUUGUACUAUUUUGUGUUAGAUCUGUAAUUAAAUUUUGUGCUUAGUGUAAAGUAUAACAAGUCAAUAUGACCUAGUACUCACCGUAUGAAAGAUAAAAGAAAUAUAAUAUUUAUUAAAAUUAUAUUAUUGUGUAUACAUUUUUGAUAAAUUGAAUGAUUUUAGCGAUAAAAUCGCUAAAAGAAAUUAACGACUUUUUUUUUUUUUGAAUGUAUUAAAACAUGUGCCACUAA